AGUGAGUCUGGAGUCUGCUGAAGGCCUGUAUGUGUCACGGUUCCAGCUUUCCAUCUCUAGUGUUCUCAGACAUCUGCCAGACGUGGAAGGUGAACACCCACUUGCUUGCACUGUUAUUUGCUGUGCUUGCAUGACUUUGGAAUAAUUCGUUUUAAAAACUGGUAAUAGGAGUGAAUGAGGUGUUCCUCAUCUGCAGAGGUAUAUUUUGGUAGCAAUUGGUAGUUGCCAGCAAGUUUAAUGUUUUGGAGGACUGUAAAGCCAAGGAAGCUGCUGAUCCCUUUCUCGUGUACGUAGGGCACAAACUGCUGUCAAGCAGUCUGCAUCUUGCCCUGUGGAUUUUCACAGUUCCUGAGAAAACAGCCGUGCUUACUAACCUCCCACAGCUCAGUUUCGAAGCAGUUCUCCUCUCACUUUCGUUACGUUUGUGUUCUGCAGUGGAGAUAGAGAAGAGACUCAAAGAUAGUGGCAAGUUGAUAGGGUAUUGAUAGGUGACAUUACAGAUUCAGCAGUGUUGUUCUGUGGAAGUCUUUUCUACUGUUCUGUUGCACUUUUUGCUUGCUGACCAGACAUGUUGUAUGCAUGCGUAUUCAGACUCCAGGCUAUCUGGGUGUUGUACUUGCUUUCUGAGUAUUAACUGAUUUUUUUUUUUAAUUUCUCCUUUGAUUGAUUGCCCUUAGCUCUAGAAGAAGUUAUUGGUGAUCUAAAAGCUGCAUCAAUGAUUGCUUACUAAGAAAUAGUGUGUUCUUUCCAGGCUGCUGUUGUCUUUUGUGCUGACUGGAAUUCUGGGGGAACCACUUGAACUAACUUUCUGUUCAGAAACAUAGAGCCUCCAAGUGAACACCUUCAGUUAAUUAAAACCAUUAAGGUUUGGGGAACUAUGAGCACCUUUAAAUACAGCCUUACACUGGAAAGCAUCUGAAAAGACGGAAGAUAGUUCUACAGAUCUCAUACAAGUACUGUGUAGUCUGCUGUCAAAGAUGGUGAAGCUGGAUAUACACACGCUGGCUCAUCACCUCAAGCAGGAACGACUGUAUGUAAACUCAGAAAAGCAACUGAUUCAGAGGCUGAAUGCAGACGUAUUGAAGACAGCUGAAAAGCUGUACCGCACAGCAUGGAUUUCCAAGCAGCAACGGAUUAACUUGGACAGACUGAUCAUAACAAGUGCGGAAGCUUCUCCUGCUGAAUGCUGUCAGCAUGCUAAAAUCUUGGAGGAUACGCAGUUUGUGGAUGGAUAUAAGCAGUUGGGAUUUCAGGAGACUGCUUAUGGAGAAUUCCUAAACAGACUGAGAGAGAACCCUAGGCUUAUUGCGUCCUGUCUGGUUGCUGGAGAGAAGCUCAACCAGGACAACACUCAGAGUGUCAUUCACACGGUCUUUACCUCCAUUUAUGGCAACUGCAUUAUGCAGGAGGAUGAGAGCUACCUCCUGCAGGUCCUUCGUUACUUGAUUGAGUUUGAACUUAAGGAAAGUGACAACCCUAGGCGGCUGUUGAGACGAGGCACUUGUGCUUUCAGCAUCUUGUUCAAACUUUUCUCUGAAGGACUUUUUUCUGCGAAACUCUUUCUUACUGCAACUUUACAUGAGCCAAUCAUGCAGCUUCUGGUCGAAGAUGAAGAUCACCUGGAAACUGAUCCAAACAAAUUAAUUGAGAGAUUCUCUCCAGUCCAACAGGAAAAGUUGUUUGGAGAGAAAGGCACAGAAAAAUUCAAGCAAAGAGUUCAAGAAAUGGUUGACUCCAAUGAGGCGAAGCUGGUGACCUUGGUGAACAAAUUCAUUGGCUAUCUCAAACAAAAUACGUACUGUUUUCCACAUAGCUUGCGAUGGAUCGUGUCACAAAUGUACAAAACGCUCUCAUGCGUAGACAGGCUGGAGGUUGGGGAGGUCAGAGCAAUGUGCACAGAUCUCCUUCUAGCAUGUUUCAUCUGUCCUGCAAUUGUUAAUCCAGAACAGUAUGGGAUAAUUUCUGAUGCUCCUAUAAACGAAGUGGCAAGAUUUAAUCUGAUGCAGGUUGGGAGACUUCUGCAGCAAUUGGCAAUGACAGGUUCUGAAGAGGGAGAUCCACGUAUGAAGAGCAACCUUGCGAAAUUCGACAAAAGCUGUGUUGCAGCUUUCCUGGACGUCGUUAUUGAUGGGCGUGCAGUUGAAACUCCUCCCAUGUCUUCAGUUAACCUUCUGGAGGGGCUGAGUAGAACAGUGGUUUACAUGACGUACAGCCAGCUAACUACUCUGGUUGGUUUUAUGCGAAAUGUAAUGUUGAGCGAUCAGCUUAAGGAAGAUCGGAUGGCUUUGGAAAACUUGCUAGCAAACUUACCCCAGAACAAACCAGGGAAAAGCAGCAGCCUUGAGAUGACUCCGUAUAACACCCCACAGCUCUCUCCUGCUACCACUCCAGCUAACAAAAAAAAUCGAUUACCGAUAGCAACUCGUAGCAGAAGUAGGUCAAAUAUUCUCAUGGAUCAGCAUGGGGAUCAUGAGGGGUCCUCCCAGGAGACCAUCCCAGAAGUUCAGCCGGAAGAAGUGCUGGUGAUUUCCUUGGGAGCAGGUCCACAGAUUACUCCAGGCAUGAUGUCAGAAAAUGAGGUCUUAAAUAUGCAGCUUGCAGAUGGCGGACAAGGAGAUGUCCCUGUUGAUGAAAACAAACUCCAUGGUAAACCUGAUAAAACCUUGCGCUUUUCACUCUGCAGUGAUAAUCUGGAAGGAAUAUCUGAAGGUCCUUCAAAUCGUUCCAACUCAGUAUCAUCUUUGGAUUUGGAAGGGGAGUCUGUGUCAGAGCUUGGUGCGGGUCCCUCUGGGAGCAAUGGUGUUGAAGCUCUGCAGCUGCUGGAGCACGAACAAGCCACAACUCAGGAUAAUCUUGAUGACAAGCUCCGUAAAUUUGAAAUCCGUGAUAUGAUGGGGUUGACUGAUGACAGAGAUAUAUCAGAAACUGUGAGUGAAACUUGGAGUACAGAUGUCUUGGGUAGUGACUUUGAUCCAAAUAUUGAUGAAGAUCGCUUGCAAGAAAUUGCAGGUGCAGCUGCAGAGAACAUGCUAGGCAGCUUGCUGUGUUUACCAGGUUCAGGAUCUGUGUUGCUUGAUCCUUGCACAGGUUCAACCAUAUCAGAAACCACAAGCGAGGCCUGGAGCGUGGAAGUAUUACCAAGUGAUUCAGAGGCCCCAGACCUAAAACAGGAGGAAAGACUGCAAGAACUGGAAAGCUGUUCUGGGCUGGGCAGCACAUCAGAUGACACAGAUGUAAGGGAGGUCAGUUCUCGACCCAGUACACCAGGCCUCAGUGUAGUAUCAGGUAUUAGUGCAACAUCUGAAGAUAUCCCUAAUAAGAUUGAGGAUCUCAGGUCUGAAUGUAGCUCUGACUUCGGGGGGAAAGAUUCUGUGACAAGUCCUGACAUGGAUGAAACAGCUCAUGGAGCCAGUCAGUUGACAUCUCCUCCUUCUCAGACAGAUUCUUUGCUUGCAUUGUUUGACCCUCUGUCGUCAAAUGAGGGUGCAUCAGCUGUCGUACGGCCUAAAGUACACUAUGCUAGACCAUCUCACCCACCACCGGAUCCGCCAAUUUUGGAAGGAGCUGUGGGAGGCAAUGAGGCCCGAUUACCAAACUUUGGGUCUCACACUUUAAUUCCAACUGAUUUAGAAGCAUUCAAGCAGAGGCACUCUUAUCCGGAGAGGCUUGUACGCAGCAGGAGUUCAGAUAUAGUGUCGUCAGUUCGGAGACCUAUGAGUGAUCCUGGGUGGAACAGACGUCCUGGUAAUGAGGAGAGGGAGCUUCCAAUGCCAACCACCAACACAGGGACAGCUGUUUUGAUGGCUACAUCUCAGUCAUCAUCUUCAUCUCCCAGUAAAGACUCCUCUAGGGGAGAGAUUGAUGAGCGAAAAGACAGCGAUGAUGAGAAGUCGGACAGAAACAAGCCAUGGUGGAGAAAACGUUUUGUGUAUGCCAUGCCCAAAGCUCCAAUUCCAUUUAGAAAGAAAGAAAAACAGGAAAAAGACAAAGAUGAUAUGGUACCUGACAGAUACUCAACACUACAAGAUGAUCCGAGCCUGAGGCUCAGCACGCAGGCUCAAGCUGCGGAAGAUAUUCUGGACAAGUACAGGAAUGCAAUUAAGCGAACCAGUCCUAGUGAAGGAGCUUUAGUAAACUAUGACAGUGGAGAGACUACAGGGGAUGGUGAGAGUGUGCAUGACUCUCCACGUGAUGAGGCUUUGCAGAACAUGUCUGCAGAUGAUCUACCGGACUCUGCAAGUCAAGUAGCUCAGCCACAGAGUUCUGCUUUCUCCUAUAGGGAUGCAAAGAAGAAAUUGAGGUUGGCUCUCUGUUCAGCAGAUUCUGUUGCCUUUCCAAUGCUGACACAUUCAACGAGGAAUGGUCUACCAGAUCACACGGACCCUGAAGAUAAUGAAAUCGUGUGCUUCUUGAAAGUUCAGCUAGCUGAAGCUAUUAACCUUCAAGACAAGAACUUGAUGGCCCAGCUGCAAGAAACAAUGCGAUGCGUAAGCCGGUUUGAUAACAGGACCUGUCGGAAGCUGCUAGCCUCUAUUGCAGAGGACUAUAGGAAAAGAGCUCCAUAUAUCGCUUAUUUAACUCGAUGUCGCCAAGGCCUGCAGACAACGCAGGCACACUUGGAAAGGCUAUUGCAAAGAGUUCUGCGAGAUAAAGAAGUGGCCAAUAGAUACUUUACAACAGUGUGCGUGAGGUUACUGCUGGAGAGCAAAGAAAAGAAAAUCAGGGAGUUUAUUCAAGAUUUCCAGAAACUUACGGCAGCAGAUGAUAAAACAGCCCAAGUUGAAGAUUUUCUUCAGUUCUUAUAUGGAGCAAUGGCUCAGGAUGCCAUAUGGCAGAAUGCCAGUGAAGAACAGCUUCAGGAUGCACAAUUAGCUAUAGAGCGCAGUGUAAUGAAUCGUAUUUUCAAACUUGCAUUCUACCCUAAUCAGGACGGAGAUAUUUUGCGUGACCAGGUCCUUCAUGAGCACAUACAGAGGCUAUCUAAAGUGGUGACUGCAAACCACAAAGCACUUCAGAUUCCUGAGGUAUAUCUCCGGGAGGCACCGUGGCCAUCUGCACAGUCUGAAAUCCGCACAAUAAGCGCUUACAAAACCCCCCGAGACAAAGUGCAGUGUAUCCUGCGAAUGUGUUCAACCAUUAUGAACCUGCUUAGCCUGGCAAAUGAAGAUUCAGUGCCUGGGGCAGAUGAUUUUGUUCCUGUUCUGGUCUUUGUUCUCAUAAAGGCAAAUCCACCUUGCUUGCUGUCCACUGUUCAGUACAUAAGUAGUUUCUAUGCCAACUGCUUAUCUGGAGAAGAAUCCUAUUGGUGGAUGCAGUUCACAGCUGCAGUUGAAUUCAUUAAAACUAUUGAUGAUCGCAAGUAACUCAGCACAUACAUGGGCAGACUGUUAGCAGAAGAGUCUGACAGAAUGUACAACAGCUGCGAAAGCUAAGAAGAGACUUUCCUUGUAUAAUAUUGUACAGAAUCGAGGCAUUUUAAAACACACCUUUACUAAUCAAAUUAAUUUAACAGGUUUUCCUCUUCUCUUUUGGUUGCGUUUUUCUCCCCUAUAGAUACUGGCACUGCAAAAGGGACCACAGUUUUCAGGUAUUUUGGAAUCUCAAAACAUACAGGAAAGUCUUUGUGGUUUUUCCACCACCCCUUUUCCUGAAUUCUUACUCACAUGGAUAAUUCACUUCAUUUCUAAUGGAACACUGAAACAAGAAGAAUCAGGGCAACCACUUAGUGUACUUUCUAGCUUAAUACACCUUUUCUUAAUAAAACACCAGCCACACUGAAAGUUUGUAGUAGGUGACGUUAGUUACCAACUGUAUUUCACCUAAAUUGAAAAUCAGAGAGGACAGUGUAAAUAUUAUAUAACUAUAUUUAAUGCAUUGCAAUUAUCUUUGGACUCAUUAUCCUUUGAAUAAACAAGCGAAAGCCUCUCUGACCUCUAACAGGUUGUUACGUACUGCGUUUUGGUAAAUGAAAGGACUUCCUCAAAAAGGCAAAGAUUAAAAAAGGGCAAACGGAACUAUUUAUUAAAAUGUAAUUAAGAGUACUGAAAUUCCCAAAACUGGAAUUUAUAGUAGACAGGGCUUGUUAGAUAGCUAAACACUUUUUGGCUAGGGCAUUAGGGCACUAUAAAGGUUUGAAUAUGUAAAGGAGAGGGUCUGUAAGUUACAAUAGAUAAGCCUAAUAUAAAAGAGGAGUAAUAAAGUACCUUACUGUAAUAUUUUUUCUGAAAUAUUGUGUAUACUGUACAAACCCCAAACAGAGAUCCUUAACAGAACCUUGGGCUGUAAUAUAUAUUUUGAUUAGUGACAUUAAAUACAUAUACCAGGGGUUUCAGUGAAUGUUUUUACUAAAUGUUCUUCAUGUUGUCUGCUAUGCAGCAGUGCAAGUUUUACUGUUCAUAUAAAAUAUUUUAAAAUAUAACACUGUUCUUUAUGAAACAUAUCAUGACAUCAGUUCAGGGUGUUUUAUAGAUUUCCCACCCCACCUUUCCCUUAAACUGACAAUUAUGAAUUCAAAGAAGUUUUUAUGCACAAUACCACGUGGAUUUUUCAUGAAUGAAGUGGUCUGAGUGAUGGCCGGUGGCUGUCACACGUAUACAAGCAAUUGCUGUUCUUUUUUUAGCUAGAAUUACACUGAAAAAGGACAGCGAGCCUUUAUGUUUUUCAUGUCAGUAUUAUUCUUUGCUCUUCCCGGAGCGUGGAGCGCACUUCUGACAGAAGGACACGUUAAGAUGUGGUGUCUGUGAGUGGCAAAGGAAAGAAAAUCUUUCUCACGUUCUUUGCAAAAUACGUUUGUUUUGGUUUUGUGUUCGUGUGUGUAUUUUGAUGAUUAAAACCUGUAAGCAACUAGUACUCCAGAAAAUAAUUUGGUUAACUGAAAUUAGAACAAGUUAUUUAAAUUAUCAAGUGCUUGGUUUGGCUGUGCUACUUGUCAAGGCAUCAUUAAAGAAACUUAUUUACUAGGACUCUUCUAAUAUGUAAUUCGGUAUGGCACUUUUGCCAAGCUAAUCCUAAGUGAGAGAGUGGAAUGGAAACUUUUAUUUAGAGUCUUUCUGCUCUGUGAGAGACUUCAUUCUGUGCAGGAGCGAUGCUCGAUAGAAACGGAAUUCUCUGAUUGCCUUACUGCGGUAACUCAGUGUGCAGCACUGCAAUACUCCGGUUAUUUAGCCUUGAUGGGUUUUUGGUGCUGAACAUGUAACUUAAUAUUGCAAGCACAGCCCUGACCAAUAACACUCAGAAGCGAAGCACAAAUAUGCCCUGGAAGAAAUGGCCAGAUCAUAUCUAAAAGCAAUAUAAACUUAUUUAUAGUGAAGUCUCCUUAAUAUUUAAUUAUUACUUGAGUAUUAGAGAUGUUAAGACCAAUGUAUGAAAGUUCCUUUAGUCCUGCAGUUUGGCUUUUAGUUGAGGAGAAUAUCUGAUCCUUAAAUUGGUCUUGUUCUGAAUUGUACUCGUUUAAAGGAUGGCACAAAGACACUAAGCUGGUGGUCGCCCUGUGCAUCGCUUCCCUUUGCCUGCUGGCAGACGGGGUUUAAUCAGCAUCAUCACGUCUUUCAGAUUUGCUCUCCUUUAUGGAAGGGGUAAGAACCAUUUCCUUUGCAAUCUGUAUUACGUUGUGUGGGAAAAUGCUUAAAAGAACUGGAGUCAUUCUGAAAAAUUAUUUUAAAAACAGUAUUUGUUUCGAUGUGCCCCAGAUUAGGUGAGAGUCCUCAUUGCAAAAUUGUCCUUUGCUUUUCUUUUUUUUCUUAAACAACUCCAAAAGUUCCUUAGAUAGCAUUGCUAGGUGUAGUUAGAGAAUUAGGUUUUCUGAAGAAUUAAAAAUCUUCCUGUAAUAUUUUCCCCUGGUGUCCUGUAAUGUUUUAUUUUAAAAUUAUAAAUUACAUGUAUAGGAAGUGAUGUUGUUAGAUUUUGGUGUGCAAUAGUAAAUGUGAAAAGACAGCGCAUAAAGGACCAAAAGUGACAGAACUGUUGCCAAAAGGUGCCAGCCAACCACGUACACCUGUUUCUGUAAACUUGGUGCUUUCUCUUAAAAUGACUUCAACAACCGAAGGACAAAUGGGACAUUUGGAGGGAAAGGUUAUGGGGGGGUCAUUCGCAGUAGGUUGCAUUUGUAGACUGGAGGCCUGGCUGCUGACUUGAGCUCUGGUUGUUGGCUUGUCUGGAGGAACUGCCAAGUUAAACAAUGGCAUAACUGUCCCUGUUAAUUUUGCUAAGGUGGUGGUUUCCUUUUUUGGGGGAAGAGGAGUGAAAGAAAAGGGCUGGUUCUUUCACCCCUGAGAAAUUACCGUUUUUUACUCUUAAGUAAGAAUUCUCUUUAAGGCUUUUUUAGAUCCUCUUUAAGGAGAAUUGGAAUGGGUAUGGCCUAUUAAUUAUUUGAGUUUAGAGGUUUUUGUUUUGAAGACCUUAUACUACCAAAUGCUGAAUGUAACUGCCAUAAAUUUCAGGAAAAAAAGCCACGAUCCUGUUUCCUGUAGGUGAGUUUCUGGUGAGCACAGUGUCGGUUCGUCGUGCUUGGAAACGUUAACGUUCUUUAAGCCAAAUUAGAGCGGAAGUUUGAGAACUGACUGCUGCGUUAAAACGGCAGCGUGUAGAGGAAGGCUGGUGGGGCAGAAAAGGAGCAGCAGGAAAAGGCAGACCUGUUUAGCAGCAAAGAUUCAAGCAAGUGAAGCAUGUGUGUGUGAAAUCGAGUGUAACUUAUGUGGCUGUGCUGCAGCACCGACUGUGCAGCCUUAGGCUGGCAGCAGGACGGGAGAGCCGGAGCAGCAGGACAGGGCGGGCGGGCAGCUCUGAGCUGGGUAACAGCUGGUGCCUUGGUUGAGCCUGUACUACUGGAGAAUUAACCUCUGCUGAGUUCGUAGUGUGUGUUCUGUACCUUUUAAUUGUGCUUUACCUCUAUUUAAAAGCUUUGUACUGCCUCUCCUGUUUGAAACUGGUAAAGCCUUUAUACGUCUAAAUCAGUGAGCUUGCACAAUCUUGUACACAGGAAAUCCAUCUUGUCUCUAACGUGAUUAUUCAUGUAUUAUUCUGUAAAAUCUGAUUAAAAGGAGAGCAGUUGA